AUGUCCACUCAAAACAAUCCAUCAUCCUCAUCCUUCUCUUCAACCACAACAACCACAACUUUGAGACCUGAUUCAAAGCCUUUCCAACCCUCCUCCUCCUCUCAAAAAUAUACAAAUUCUUCCGAAUUCACUCCACACAGUGCUGAACAAUCACAACCACCACCCUCGGAUCAUGAUAAUAACAAGAAGAAGAAUGAAUCAUCACAAAGACCCUCUCGUCAUUCUACUCGAGGAGGAGCAGCUCCAAUGUUGUACGUGAAAAAGGAACAAACAUCCAUUCCGACUUGCACAUCAAGUGAUGAUAACACUGGUGCUUUAACUCGUGCGAAUGAUGUAAAUGGUGGUGGUGGUCAUGAUAACAUUUCUCAACAACAACAACCAAUACAACCAAUACAACCAAAAUCAUCACGAAAUAAUAGUCGACGUUCUCAACAAUCAUUACCCCAAGCCUUAGACUCCAACAACACCAACACCAAUACCAACACCAACAACACCACUCCUACGUCGCAACAGUCAAGUCUUCAUGACAAAACGUCCUCACCUGUUUCCAACUCCCAACGUACGCACAAGUCUAGAAAGUCAUUCAAGAAAAAUUCUCAAACCACUACUACUACUUGUACUGUAGCAACAACCACAGAUUCAAAGAUCACUAGUAGUAGUACUGGCAUUAAUGAAGUACAAUCUCAACAACAAUACGUUGAAAAACAUCAUCAUUCCGAUAGUAAUCUUCCCAAACAACCCAAACAACACAAGAGAAAAGGUCAAAAAUCUCUUGAUCAUAGGUUACCCUCACAAGCCUCUUUUUCAUCCUCUCAACAACAAGAAUUACCACCUCAACAACAACGAAGAAAGAAAUUCCAAAAUCAUCCUUCUUCUCAAAAGAAUCAACAACCAACAAUGGAAGAAGAAGAAAUGUUUUGGUCUCGUUCCUACGAUCGUGAACAAUUGAAAAAACGUAACUUUGCUGAUAAGAGUCUUCAUGCAUUUUCUUCCCUUCCAUCUUCCUCUUCUAUUCAACGUUUCAAUCGUUCUUUUAAAAAAUUGAAAUCUCAAACUCUUUCUGAAGAACAAGUCUCUGCACUCUCUCUUCAUGAUCGAUUAAUUUAUGAAUUAAUCAAACAAAUUUAUCCAUGUCUCAUUUGUAGUGAUUCUAUUGCAAGACAACAUGCCACAUGGUAUUGUCAAGAUUGUUUUCGAGUGUUUCAUUUGAAUUGUGUUCAAAGAUGGGUCAAGGAAAAGAUUGAAGAUGAAGAUCGAACUUAUUGGAAAUGUCCGGCAUGUCAAGCUUCUCUCAUUUCAGCCAUUCCAACCGAUUACAAGUGUUUUUGUGGAAAGAUGACAAAUCCUAAAUCUACAAAUUUAGAAAUUAUUCCUCAUUCAUGUGGUGAUGUUUGUGGUAAAAUUCACAAACAUUGUUUACAUCCAUGUACAGAAUUGUGUCAUCCAGGUCCAUGCAAUGAUUGUGAAUUGAAGAGAGAUUUAACAUGUUAUUGUGGAAAGGAAUUUUAUCAUGAUGUGAAAUGUAAUGAUCCAAAAUAUGUGAAUGGAAUUUCAUGUGAAAAUGUGUGUGGAAAAUUAUUGAAAUGUCAAAAACAUUAUUGUCCCAAUGUGUGUCAUGAAGGUGAAUGUGAACCUUGUAAGAAUUUAAUUACUGCUCAAUGUUAUUGUGGAAAGACACUUGUACAAGAUGCUCCAUGUCAUGUCUAUUCUCAUCUUAAUGCAGAUAUUUCACAUCGACAUUUUAAUCGAUUUGAUUGUAUUGAGUUUGUGUUGAAUGAAUCCAAUGAAUCCAAUGAAUUCAAUCCAUCCAAACAACAGCAACAACAGCAACACCACUCAACACAUGAUGAACAGCAAAACCCUGAACCCUUAGAACAUCAAUCCUCUCCAACAACAACAACAAUCAUAUAUCGAACCUUUAGUUGUAAACAACCAUGUAAGAAACAAUUACCAUGUGGACAACAUGAAUGUGAUCGUCCAUGCCAUUAUGGCCGAUGUAUUGGACAUAAACGAUCGGAAUGGAAUGUCAAACCCACCACAACUACCUCAUCCUCCGAAGAUGAUGAAGAAGACAUUGAUGACUAUAUUAAGAGAAUGGGAUGUUAUCAACAAUGUCGCAAGACUUUGAAAUGUGGACAUUUAUGUACUCUGAAAUGUCAUCCUUCUCGAUCCGAGUGUAUGAAAUGUAACAAUUUCGUUGAUUGGUAUUGUAAAUGUGGAAGAAUUUAUGAAAAGAGACCAUGUACAGGAUUACCUUUGCAACAAGAAGAAGUAUUUUUAGAAUGUAAUGAUGAGUGUCGAAAAUUACAACGUAUCAAACAAUUAGCAGAUGCAUUCCAAGUGGAUUAUGAAAAAUUUGAAUUACCUCAAUACUCUCAAGAAUUGAUUGAUUUUGGUACCAAAUAUCUUCACAUUAUUAAGAAUUGGGAAUUUGAAUUUGACACGCUCUUAGUGAGUGAUGUGAAAAGUGCUUGUAAACAAUUUGCACCCAUGAAGAGAGAUCGAAGAGCAUUAUUGCAUGAAUUGAGUGAACAUUACAAAUUCACAAGUGUUUCUGUCGAUGCAGAGCCCUAUCGAUCUGUGAUUGUGACUCGCACUCAACAAUCCAAACGACCAUCCAUUGUACUCAGUGAUGUCAUUAGUGAUCCUGACAAGUUGCGAAAAUUGAAAGAAAAAAUUAAGGAACAAGAGGAAUUGGCAAAACGUGAAGAGAUGAAAAGAUCCGCCAAGAAGAAACAAGCAGCAGAAUGGAUGCAGAAUUCUAAUGAAGAGGAGAGGGAGGAGGAGGAGAAAACAACAACGUCGACUUUGACUCGACCCGCAGUUACGUUGGAGAAGUGGAAUGCAUCACCAGUGGAAGGUGGUGGCGAUGGCAGUGAAAAUGACUCUUCCUUUGAUCCUUAUUCUUUCACUUCUAUUCAGGCUGCAAUGAGUGGAAGAAGAAGACUAAAGAACAACAACAAUCGUGGCAUUGUGGGUAGUAACGGUGUUGCAACGAUUGAAAGUGGUGGUGGUACGUCAAGCAGCAGCAGCCUAUUGGAAUCGAACUCAUUCAGCGCCUUACUGGAACAUCAAGACGAAGGUGCCAGUGUUGGCAGCAGCAAUACCGAAGUAGUAUGGAAGGAGGAUGAAGAUGACAGUAAUGUCAAGGUUGUUGAUCUUGAAUAA